GGGUUAACCAGAGAGGUUGCAUGUUAACAGUGGAGAUUAUGGAAUGUUUAUCCAGCGUUCAGAUUUCCUGUUCAAGUGUUUGGAUUUCCUGAAAUCUCUUCUAUCAGCCCAAGGGGUGUCCAGUGAGUGGCCUUCUCUUCCCUGCCCCCAGCCCAGGAGUUUUUCUGCUCACAUGGGUAGACUUUCCUUCCUGCUGCCUUCCUAAUUGUAUUUGUGUCUCCACACCAGUCAGGACUUUUAUGGAUGUGAGUCAAAACUUUGAAACUCCAGAAAACAUCUGUGGAGCCCUGGAUUUCGGAAUACUUUUUUGUCAUUCGAAACAAGCAAGGAAAUAUAAUACAAACGCCCCAGGAAGCAUCAUCAUUGUUGCAGUAUGGUUUCUCUCUCUUCCUUUUUUCCAGCUGCCUUGAGGAAGGGAGUUGCAGCAUUGAAAACAAUGGAAUGAUGGCCUUCAUUUUGGCGGGCAUUUCUGGAAUGGGAGUUCCAACUGGACAAGUCUUGGUACCUUUCUUGUGACGGAUGAGACAUGAGAUCUUCAGCUUCCAGGCUCUCCAGCUUUUCCUCAAGGGAUUCACUAUGGAAUCGGAUCAUGCCGGACCAGAUCACUGUGUCGGAGUUUAUUGCUGAGACCACAGAGGAUUACAACUCCCCCACUACUUCCAGUUUUACCACCCGACUACAGAACUGCCGGAAUACAGUCACACUUCUAGAAGAGGCACUAGAUCAGGACAGAACUUCACUACAGAAAGUGAAAAAAUCUGUAAAAGCAAUAUAUAAUUCUGCAUUAGAACAUGUCCAAAAUGAAGAAAACUAUGCACAAGUACUAGAUAAAUUUGGAAGUAACUUCUUAAGUAGAGAUAAUCCAGAUCUUGGCACUGCUUUUGUAAAAUUUUCCACAUUGACUAAGGAAUUGUCAACACUGCUGAAAAAUCUGCUCCAAGGUUUGAACCACAAUGUUAUCUUCACGUUGGAUUGCAUUUUGAAGGGAGAUUUAAAAGAAGUCAAAGGGGAUCUUAAAAAGCCUUUUGACAAAGCCUGGAAGGAUUAUGAGACCAAAUUCACAAAAAUCGAAAAGGAAAAAAGGGAACAUGCAAAACAGCAUGGAAUGAUACGGACAGAAAUCACUGGAGCUGAGAUAGCAGAAGAAAUGGAGAAAGAAAGACGUCUAUUUCAACUCCAGAUGUGUGAAUAUCUCAUUAAGGUUAAUGAAAUUAAGACAAAAAAAGGUGUGGAUCUUCUACAGAAUCUGAUCAAGUAUUAUCAUGCACAAUGCAAUUUCUUCCAAGAUGGCUUGAAGACAGCUGAUAAACUGAAACAGUACAUUGAAAAAUUGGCUGCUGAUUUAUAUAAUAUAAAGCAGACACAAGAUGAAGAAAAGAAACAGCUUACUGCACUUAGAGACUUGAUAAAAUCUUCAUUGCAGCUUGACCAGAAGGAGGAUUCUCAGAGCAAGCAAGGAGGAUAUAGCAUGCACCAGCUGCAGGGAAAUAAGGAAUAUGGCAGUGAGAAAAAGGGAUAUAUCUUAAAGAAGAGUGAUGGACUCCGGAAAGUUUGGCAAAGAAGGAAAUGCGCUGUCAAAAAUGGUAUUCUAACUAUAUCACACGCAACUUCAAACCGGCAACCUGCUAAAUUGAAUUUAUUAACCUGCCAAGUGAAACCAAAUGCUGAAGAUAAGAAGUCUUUUGACCUGAUAUCACAUAACAGAACAUACCAUUUUCAGGCAGAAGAUGAGCAAGACUACGUAGCAUGGAUAUCAGUAUUGACCAACAGCAAAGAAGAGGCUUUAAAUAUGGCAUUCCAAGGUGAACAAAGCACAGGUGAAAACAGUUUAGAUGAUCUGACAAAAGCCAUUAUUGAUGAUAUACAAAGGUUACCUGGAAAUGAUGUUUGCUGUGAUUGUGGAUCACCAGAUCCAACAUGGCUUUCAACUAAUCUGGGCAUUUUAACGUGUAUAGAGUGCUCCGGAAUACAUAGAGAAAUGGGUGUGCAUAUCUCUCGAAUACAGUCUUUAGAGCUAGACAAAUUAGGAACAUCUGAACUCUUGCUGGCCAAGAACAUAGGAAACAAUAGUUUUAAUGAUAUUAUGGAGGGGAAUUUACCAAGUCCUUCUCUCAAGCCUACACCGUCAAGUGAUAUGACUAUUCGUAAAGAAUUUAUUACUGCUAAAUACGUUGAUCAUAAGUUCUCUAGAAAGACAUGCGGUUCUGCAGCAGCAAAACUGAAUGAACUACUUGAGGCUGUUAGAUCCAGGGAUUUACUUGCACUAAUUCAUGUCUAUGCAGAAGGGGUUGAGCUAAUGGACCCACUGCUGGAGCCUGGACAGGAGCCAGGUGAAACAGCCCUUCAUUUAGCCAUUCGGACUGCUGACCAAACUUCACUUCAUCUGGUUGACUUCCUUGUACAAAACAGUGGGAACCUGGACAAACAGACAGCAUUGGGAAACACGGUUCUGCACUACUGCAGUAUAUAUAAUAAGCCUGAAUGUUUGAAAUUACUUUUGAAGGGCAAGCCAACAAUAGAUAUAGUAAACCAAGCUGGAGAAACAGCCAUGGAUAUUGCAAAGAAAUUGAGAGCUAUCCAGUGUGAAGACCUGCUUUCUCAGGCCAAAACAGGAAAGCUAAAUCCACAUGUCCAUGUAGAGUAUGAGUGGAAUCUUCGCCAGGAGGAAAUUGAUGAAAGUGAUGAUGACUUGGAUGACAAGCCUAGCCCAAUCAAGAAGGAGCGUUCUCCUAGACCACAAAGCUUCUGCCAUUCUUCCAGUAUUUCUCCCCAAGAUAAAAUGGCUCUUCCUGGUCUUAGCACUCCAAAGGACAAGCAGAGACUCUCCUAUGGAGCUUUUCCCAAUCAGAUUUUUGUCACUUCAAGCAUGGACUCCACAACGUCUCCAACAGCAGCAGAUGCCCCUCCACUUCCUCCCAGAAAUGCUGGCAAAGGUCCAUCUGUUCCUCCAUCAACCCUUCCUUUAAGCACUCAAACCACUAGUGGCAGCUCAACUCUGUCUAAGAAGAGGCCCCCACCCCCACCCCCUGGACACAAAAGAACCCUCUCUGACCCACCAAGCCCACUACCUCAUGGACCCCAGAAUAAGGGCCAAAUUCCUUGGGGUAAUGAUUUGGGUCCCCCAGCUUCGAAGGCUGUAAACAAGUUUGAGGGGAUGUCUCAACAAUCUAGUGGAACUGCUAAGACUGCACUAGGCCCAAGGGUUCUUCCAAAACUACCUCAGAAAGUGGCACUAAGAAAAAUAGAAACAAUCCAUCUUCCUUCAAUAGAUAAAUCCAGUCAACAUUCAGAAAUGUUUCAGAAGUCAGCUUCGCUCUGUAUAGAUCUACCACAGAAGCCACAAUCUGGAGAUUUACCACCUAAGCCUCAGGCUCUGGAACUGCCCCAAAAACCUCAAAUUGGAGAUUUACCCCCUAAACCAGGAGAACUACCCCCCAAACCUCAAUUAGGAGACCUACCACCAAAACCACAACUUGCAGACUUACCUCCAAAACCACAAAUGAAGGACCUUCCUCCAAAGCCUCAACUAGGAGAUGCUUUGGCUAAAACUCCAGGUGAAAUAUCGCCAAAGCCUCAGCCUUCAGAGGCAAAUCAAAAAUCUCAUUCCUUGGAUCUUUCUCCAAAGGUCCAGUCUAAAGAGACCGUCCAAAAACAAACCUCAGAGGACUCCAAUGAUGUGGCCCAUGCAUUGCCAGAGACCCCAGUGCCACUUCCAAGAAAAAUAAACAUGGGCAAGAACAAAGUUAGGAGAGUGAAGACAAUCUAUGACUGCCAAGCAGAUAAUGAUGAUGAACUCACAUUUGUUGAAGGUGAAGUUAUUAUUGUCACAGGUGAAGAGGACCAAGAGUGGUGGAUUGGCCACAUUGAAGGAGAACCAGAGCGGAAAGGGGUUUUCCCAGUAUCCUUCGUCCACAUUUUGUCAGACUAAGCCAGACUGGAAACUUGAGCAUUGCACAUCCUUCCUGCAAGACAGGCUUUUAGCACGAAACAAACAGCUGCUGCAUCCUUGUAAUUCUGUGCACAAUUGUGGAUAUAUAUGUAUAUAUAAUUGCUGUUAAUAGAAUAAGAACUCAUGGCUCACCCUACAAAGGUGACUUGUCUUGUAAAUAAAUGGUGUUACUCCGCCUUUGCCAGUAUUAUGGUAGCCUUGGGACCUGGCAUGCCUUACUGGGUUUGCUCAAGCCAUCCUUGGCAUCAAGCACUUACAUCUCUUUCUGUGUGUAUGAACUACCAGCUUUCUAAAUAUGGAAGGUCUCAUUCAGUCCUAUUUAACUGUACAGAUGUUACCAUUCCUAACAGAUCAGUAUUCUGAAAUAACUAGCAGAGAGUUAGGUUCCGUUUUCAAAACGAACUGCUUUGGCUCAUUUACAGCCCAGUUUACAGCUACAAAUGUAAACACGUAACAGCUUGUGAAACUCCACUUCCUUGGUAUUUGUUUUGAGAAAAAAGUGUUCAGUGUACACAUCAAACAAAAGAAAUAUUCACUGAUGCUACAGACUAGUAGUCGUAUUUUAUGGUGUGUGAUCAACAUUUUAUGUGUCUGUAUUAUGUAGUUGUUAACAGUUGAUCCCUGUGAUAUUUACCUCACUUAAAACCAUCUGACAGUCUCCAAAGAAUAAGAUCAUGUGGGGCUUUGGGCUGGAGGUUUCCUUUCUCUCAACCAGGGACUCAAAGAAGUCUGUCUACAUCUGCAUGCCUUCAUGUGCUUCCUUACAACCUUUGUUAAUGCAAGAAUGUUAAGGGCCAUCUGUCAACUUGUGGGUUUUUUAAAAAGUCUUUUUUUUAAAAGUAGUGAAGCCUUAUGGUAAUUAUUUCCCACCUCAGUGAACAAUCAGUUACCAUAAAUCUUUGUGUGCUAAUUGGCCUAUCUAGAAAACCACUUUGUGGCUAGGGAAUUUGGCCCUUCAGCAUACAAAAAAUAAUAAUGUAAUGGUGGUUUUCUUUUGGCCUGGAGAAGCCAAAAGAAAUGAAUUUUUUGUCAAAAAUAUAUGAAAGAUCAGCUAUUAAUUAAUGGGACCAUUCAGUUGUACCUGCAUUUACUUAUGCUGAUAAUGAGUCUUAACAACGAAUCUGAUUGAACACUGAGAAUCUGCCAACAUUGGUGGAACCACAAGGUGUGCUGUGACUUGUGAUAGCUUUAGAGUUUUAAUACUGCAUUACUUGCACCUUAAACUCAUGUAUUAAAGACAGAUUUCUUUCUUAUAUUCUGUCACUUAUUGUUAAGGGCCAUUCCCUUUGAUCAUAUAUGAAGCAGAAAAACCAUGCUUUGUGAUCAAUAGAAAACUUCUACAUGGCUCCUUGCAUUUUAUUGUUUGCGGACACAGAAUACUCUUUAAAGUUACUGACUUUGACAAUAGGACAAGUUUCCUGUCCUCUGUGUCAGAUUCUUAUGACUCCAUGUCAAAAUGUUUCAUUUGACCGAAACACGAUUUCAAGCUAAUCUCUCUUGAGUUUUUCACUUUCGGUGUUGUACAACCCUGUACUCAGUGAAUAUUUGUUUUCUUUUUUAAUGGCUAACAUACAAAAACAUAGUCUAAGAAAUCUUGCAUGAAGAGAAACAACAUUUAUCAGCUAUUAUUGGAAAGUGAUUUUUAAAUAUUUGCUUCACUGAAGCAAUGCUAAAAAGUGAUGUGUUACAAAACCAAGGCUUCCUCGGUUUUUAUUGUAACAGGUAAAAGAAGGACAAGGUUUAGGGCACUUUCUUUCAACCGGGAAUGGGGUUUCUGCAUUACUUGUUGGGAAUGUGGUCAAAUAGUGGGUUAGAAGGAAAGACGCAGUUGAGCAGUCAUGUGGCUGGCCCAUCACACACUAUGUUUAGGCUAUCUGUGGGCAGGAGAGAAAACACGUAAAAUCCUCUUUGGUCCUCAACCUGACUAUGGCAGGAUGGGCAACUGCGGAGGUGGAAGGGGCAUUUCCUCUCCAUAUGGCUACCAUGAUGGUGAGCAUCAUUUUUGGCAGUUUUUUUCUUUGGGAGAAACAAACAAUAACAUUUAAGCAGCUUACAAAGCUUUAAUAAUUCUGAGGCCAAAAAAAAAGUCCAAUUAAAGAAAAAACACGGGUUUGGACAGAACAACCCCAUUUGUCUCUCUGGACUUCAUAUGCCAUGAAUCCAUGAUUCUUAGCCUCAAUGGUCCUUCCUCCAACCAUCCUACAGACUGCAGAGCUCGGGCUGAAGGGAAGACCAGCCUGCAGAAUGGAAGACCAACCAAGGCUAAUCCUACAACUUGCAUUAAGAAAAGCACAGUAUUUUUCAUUGUUUCCUCCCCCAAUCUUCUUCGUUCUCUUCUCCAGCUGAGCUUUUCUGUAGCCCACUGUAUCUUACCCACAAACAGAGAUGGCCACAGCAUGAUGAGUUGAGCCAGCCAGGUUAUUCCUUCUAUCAUGUUCCCCUCACCUUGAAAUAAGUAACAGAAAAACCCCAUGAUCCUUUUGUAAGUUAGUAUUCCUCGUGCAUUUUUGAAAAAAUGAAGAUUUGCGGUCAUUAUCGUGUAAAGCAACAAACUCCAGGUAAUGCACUGUUUUUUUAAUGCAUUACGACCAUGCUCUGAUCAUGAUACAUUAUGUUAAAAGCAAGCAUCCAGGUGAGUGAGCCUGUUGGCAUCAACUCUGCACUGUUACUGAUUUCAGUGUUUCCAGAAUUAUGCUAUUUAUAUCAAAGCUAAGUUCUUACUCCAUAUAGCUCAUCAAUGCAGCGUUCUUCAUAUAUAUUAAAGAACAAAACUGAUCUACCUUAUUUGUCAAAUAUAUCCUAAUCUCAAAAAUACACUCCUUUAAGGGGGAGAAAAAAGCAGAUGUAAUGAAGAUUCAGAUGUGUAAAAUGAUGUAGAGUCAAAUGUCUAUUAUUUUGUAUGCUUUUUGAAGUAGAAUAUGAAUUUUUUAAAAACUAAAGUGAGUUCCAGCAGGAACAAGAGUUAACUAUUCUAAGUGAUUUGAAAGUCCAUAGGAGAAUUAAAAUACAAUGUAUGAUAUAUAGGUUGGGUUUAAAUACAGUGUUGAAUUUAAACUCAGAGCCACUAUCUGCAAUUUUGUACAUGACAUAUUUGGAAAAGUCUGUCUGUUUGGGGUUUUUUCCCCAGUGGGAGAGGGAAGUAUGUUCGGCAAAUGGUGUGUUAUUUUACUGUUGAACAGCAAUUACUAUUUAUUUUUUUAUGACAUAGCACAUCAACAUGUAUAGACAGCAGAUCUGAUAGUGCCACGAGUUGGAAACUGAAGUCUUAUUUGAAUGUUACAGUCAUUAUACAUCAGUAUACUUGUCUCUUUACGUGUUUAAUGUGACCGUUUGAGUACUGUAUGUGUUAAUUUCUACUUUUUUAAUAUUUAAAAUUGCUUUUAAAUAAAUGUAUUCAGUUGAUCCCA